GAUGGACGGAUGGAUGGACGCACGGCCGCGGAGGGACUGAUGUUCCCGUUCGAUCCGACGCGAGCUUCAUUCUCUGAACACUUUUAUUUUGUAUUUUCAAAGGAUUAUUACGUUUGAUCUGUGGCAAAAAGGCGAAAGAAGUGAGGAGGUUUUUUUUUUUUGGUUGGUGUGUGUGUGUGCGCGCGUCGAGGAGAGAAAGGGAAGCUCUGGGUUGCUGAGGAAGGCUGGUGCGCGACAGAAACACGAAAAGUCACGGAUCAUGCUUAUGGGAACUUCCGAUUCCGUCUCGAUAAGAGUGGCUCUGCCUGAUGCUCUAUCAUGACUGAUGGCGAGGGGAGAGCGCGCUUUCACUACGCCGAGUGCCAGGAGGGGCAGGAGGAGGUGCAGGAGGAGGUGAGGCUCUCCAUACCGACGCCCUACAGGAAUGAUGCCCCGGGUCACGAUGAUGACCCUGGUGGAGGCAGCGAUGAAGAGGAGGAGGAGAAGGAAGAAAUUGAGAGGAGAAGCAGCAGCAGUCAGGAGCGUGAGGAGCACGAACCGGAGCAGGACGUGGAAGUUGGACCAACACUGGGAGUUCGCAUCAGGGCUCCCAUCCGCGAUCCAGACUGCGUCUCCGAGGAGGAGGAGCAGCAGCCCUACCCGGCCCUGGUGCCCGUGGCCUUCUUCUGCCUAAAGCAAACGACCAGGCCUCGGAACUGGUGUCUUCGUGUCGUCUGUAACCCAUAUCCUUUCACAUACUGGAAAUCUAACCCUGUCUGGUUCCUGUGCACUGUAGUUGGGAUGAUCGAGGUUAUGAAGCACAUGUUCUUCUCCUCGUUUGUGUCCUGA